AUGGAACUACGAGGAUCAUCAGCUAGUGAUACAUACAAACUCUUACAAAUUAAAGCGAACGUCACGUACUUAUUCAAUGGGUAUAAAAUGCUCAUCGCCGGAUUGUCGAUGACAUUUGCUUACGUCACGGAAGAGAAGCGCGAUACAAUGGGCCAGUAUGGAGUUGAAUUACGAAAGGAUCGUGGUUCCGUGUGGUGCUCAGUCGAGCUAGGAUUGGAUUAA